GUAGCAACUUUUCCUUUUCCAUUUCCCUUUUAAUCGGAAGAAGAGCCACGCUGAGGCCUAAGAUCUCCGAAUUCCAAGCGCCUCUUGAUAGGGUCUCCCACCCUAACCAAGCCAGAUCCCGUUUUCAAUUCCUUCUCAGUUUCCUUUUCUCUGAAAAAACAUGUUGAGGGUUGCAGCUAGAAGGCUCUCUUCUUCUCUCUCAUCUUCUUCUCCGUUGCGGCCCAAUCACGCCGCUUCCGCUUUUCUCUCUCGAAACGACGUCGUCGUCGAUGACCGCAGAUCUGCUCCUUCCUCCCAUCCCCUUCUUCCCUUCAGAGGUUAUGCUACUGAAUCCCUGAUCCACACAAAAGAAAACAGCAUUACUCCUGAGAUUCCGCCAACUGUUACUGCUGUUAAGAACCCUACUUCUAAGAUUGUCUAUGAUGAUCACAACCAUGAAAGAUUUCCCCCAGGUGACCCAAGCAAGAGGGCAUUUGCCUACUUCGUACUUACAGGUGGUAGGUUUGCUUAUGCCUCUGUGGUCCGUCUCCUUGUCCUCAAGUUUGUGCUAAGCAUGUCUGCCAGUAAGGAUGUUCUUGCUCUGGCUUCACUUGAGGUUGACCUCUCCAGCAUUGAGCCUGGCACUACAGUGACUGUUAAGUGGCGUGGAAAGCCUGUGUUCAUCAGGCGCCGAACUGAGGACGAUAUCAAGCUUGCAAAUAGUGUUGAUGUUGGAUCUCUUCGCGAUCCCCAGCCGGAUGCAGAUAGAGUCAAGGACCCAGAAUGGCUCAUUGUUAUUGGGGUUUGUACACAUUUGGGUUGCAUUCCAUUGCCAAAUGCUGGUGACUUUGGGGGAUGGUUUUGUCCAUGCCAUGGAUCACAUUAUGAUAUUUCUGGCAGAAUUAGGAAGGGACCAGCACCAUACAAUCUGGAGGUUCCUACGUACACCUUCUUGGAAGAAAACAAGUUGAUGAUUGGUUGAAAAUAAAAGUGGUUCUGCAUUCAAGUGGGAUGAGUUUACAAUUUAUUUUUUAAAAAUUUAUUUGGACAAUGUUACAAUGCUCCUUUUGGACGUCGUUUGCCCUCAAGUUCUUGUCGGGUAUGUUUAGCAAGUGAUUUAUGUAGCUUCGAAAUUGUAACUGUUACCCUUCGGCGAGCUUAUACCAAUAAUCGCCUGACGUUUACUUAGCAUAUUGGUGAUGGCUUCAAGAAUAUUGAAGUGUGCAUCAUGUAUAAACAUUUUCAAAUUUUGCUUAUCAAAUUGGUAUCUUGGGAGUUGCCAUUUACGGGUUCUUUGAACCUUCUUCCAAGGGAACCAGAAUCAGUGUAGUUGUUA